AAUCACCCUCCGGCUACCAAACACGGUUCGAGUUUCAUACGAUAUUCGAUACGCAAUUGUGCUCGGACUUAAUUUAAUUUUCCUCCUGGCUAGUGGAAAUUGCUAUCAGAGUGUAUGUACAUAUAUUCAUUCUAUACCCAUAGAUUUAUUUACGAAAUUCGUCUCGAUUUGGCUAAGACGUCAGUGCUCAUUUUCGAAUAAAAUAAAGUAAGAGUUCCGAGACGCUCAAUUGAUAUGAAGAAGAAGUGUUGAGUCUAAACCUGGAUAAGGGGACAAAUGAAGGCAACGGUCACGGCGGGCCCAGCGGGGACGAUGACAUGGUGAACAUAAAGCCGGGGCCGCACCGCGCGGCCGACACGCCGUCCACACCCACGAGUCACGGCACCUUCCAGCUGUAUGAACACGGCACUAGGUACAGCGACGCGAGUGCUACUUCGUACAUCGCUCAGUACUUCAGCUCUUCGGCUGGGGACGCUGUAAUGUUCUCCGGAUUGCCAGGCGAAGCGGAUGAUAUCCCAGGGAUCGGUCAGUAUGACGAUUUCCACACAAUCGACUGGCAGAGGGACAUUGCCAGGGAUCGCAUGCGACACAGAUACAUAGUCAAGAAGAGACAGGACUCAAUAUGGGAUCUUAUAAAGGGUGCCCACGACGCCUGGUCGGGCUGGGUGUGCGUUCUACUAGUGGGAGUGUGCACAGGUGUAGUCGCAGGUGUGAUAGACAUCGGCGCGUCGUGGAUGACGGACCUGAAGUUCGGUAUCUGCCCGCAGGCCUUCUGGUUCAAUAGGGAGCAAUGCUGCUGGUCUAACGAUGAGAUCACGUUUGAUCGAGAGAAUUGCUCUGAGUGGUUAACAUGGCCGCAAGUGUUUGGCGAAUCCCGGGAAGGGGCAGGAGCGUACAUAAUCAGCUACCUAUUCUACAUUGUUUGGGCGCUGACGUUCGCAGCGCUUUCCGCUUCGCUAGUGAGAAUGUUCGCGCCGUACGCGUGUGGGUCUGGUAUACCCGAGAUAAAGACAAUCCUCAGUGGCUUCAUCAUCAGAGGCUACCUGGGCAAGUGGACGCUCAUCAUCAAAUCUGUGGGGCUGAUACUGUCUGUGUCCUCCGGCCUGUCGCUGGGCAAGGAAGGCCCUAUGGUCCAUAUUGCUAGCUGUUUGGGUAAUAUCCUCUCGUACCUGUUUCCGAAGUACGGCCGCAAUGAGGCCAAAAAGCGUGAGAUAUUAUCAGCUGCGGCUGCUGCAGGAGUGUCCGUGGCUUUCGGAGCGCCCAUCGGUGGAGUGCUCUUCAGUCUUGAAGAGGUAUCCUACUACUUCCCACUGAAAACUUUAUGGCGUUCGUUCUUCUGUGCGCUCAUAGCUGCCUUCAUACUGCGCUCGAUCAAUCCCUUUGGAAAUGAACAUUUGGUACUCUUCUAUGUGGAAUACAACAAGCCGUGGAAGUUCUUUGAGCUCAUACCGUUUGUGGGGCUAGGUAUUAUUGGGGGCUGCAUAGCAACAAUAUUUAUAAAGGCCAACAUCUACUGGUGCCGCUACCGCAAGUACUCCAAGCUCGGUCAGUACCCGGUGACCGAGGUGCUGGUGGUGACCCUCGUGACGGCCAUCAUUGCGUACCCCAACCCGUACACGAGGAUGAACACGAGUCAGCUGAUCUAUCUGCUGUUCAAUCAGUGCGGCAUUUCUAAUACUGAUCCGCUGUGCGACUACAACCGCAACUUCACGGACGUGAACACGAUCGAGAAGGCGGCAGCUGGAGACGGGGUGUACCGCGCCAUGUGGCUGCUCACCCUCGCGCUGCUACUCAAGCUGGUGAUGACGGUGUUCACCUUCGGCAUCAAGGUGCCGUGCGGCCUGUUCAUCCCCAGCCUGGCGCUCGGUGCCAUCCCCGGACGGAUCGUGGGCAUUGGUGUGGAGCAACUAGCCAACAAGUACCCGAAGAGCUGGUUGUUCUCCGGCGAGUGUUCGACGGGCGACGACUGCAUCACGCCCGGCCUGUACGCUAUGGUCGGCGCCGCGGCCGUGCUCGGCGGUGUCACUAGAAUGACCGUAUCGCUAGUGGUAAUAAUGUUCGAGUUAACCGGCGGGGUUCGCUACAUCGUGCCACUCAUGGCUGCAGCUAUGGCGUCCAAGUGGGUUGGUGAUGCGCUCGGCAAGCAGGGGAUAUACGACGCACAUAUAGCUCUCAACGGCUACCCCUUCCUAGACAGCAAGGACGAGUUCCAGCACACCUCGUUAGCUGCGGACGUCAUGCAGCCCAAACGCAACGAAACCCUAUCAGUGAUCACCCAAGACUCGAUGACGGUGGACGACGUGGAGACACUUCUGAAGGAGACGGAGCACAACGGGUACCCGGUAGUGGUCUCCAAGGAGUCGCAGUACUUGGUCGGCUUCGUGCUACGGAGGGACCUUAAUUUGGCUAUCGCGAACGCACGCCGCACAAUGGAGGGCAUAACCGGCCAGUCGGUAGUAGUACUAGCCGGCGCGGCGGCUGCGGGGGGCGCCGCCCUCGGGCACGGGCCUCCGCCCCUGCACCUGGCGCGCAUCCUCGACCUGGCGCCCAUCACGGUCACCGACCAGACGCCCAUGGAGACGGUCGUGGACAUGUUCCGCAAACUUGGUCUGAGACAGACGCUCGUCACGCACAACGGGCGUUUACUUGGUGUGAUCACCAAAAAGGAUGUGCUGCGGCAUGUCAAGCAGAUGGACAAUGAGGACCCCAACUCUGUUCUCUUUAACUAAACUUUAUCUUUUAACUACACUUUAUAUUACAGAAACAUAAGGAAGUUUUAAAUUAAAUGUUUGAAAGUAAAGAGGAAAUGGUAUGGUAUGAGGAGGAGGACUAAGAAAGAGGUAUACUGAUGGACUGAUGUUUGAAAAAGUCAGUAUUGUUUCAUGUAAAUUUAUUUUAUGCAUGCUUUAAUACAUGAAAUUUUAUAUCACAUGAACUAUAAUUUAAUUAUGAGUGUACUAUUUAAAAUUGACCCUGAUGUUAUUUAACACUCAUAUAUUAUUAAAAAAUCUGAGAUUAAUACAAACUCAUCACAAUUAAAAUGGUUUAAAUAUGAUUCAAACAAAUAAACAAGUCGUUUACUUAUGAUGUCUGUAAUGUAAGGUUUUUCACGAAUAUCUAUCAACUGGGUAACUAAAUUGGUAAUUUUUCUAAUAUUCCUCUGCGAACUCUGCAAUGAUUUAUCGUUAUUUAUACCGUUUUUAGGUACUCUUUAUGAAGAUUUAUGAAUUCAUUUGUUACCCAGUUGUAUAGAUACCGCUCCUUUCUACUUAAGUUAUACUAUCUUUAAUUUUUAUAUUCGUUGUAAGUAUUUUUUAGUUAUGAUUGAGUUCUAUAAUCAAUUUUAACCUAUUUAUACGAAAUUUUUAAUACAAUUUAUAAGUGUGAAGAACGUAUAUUAACAUUUUUAUAUCGACAUCUACACUACAUUGUGAUAUUCUGAUAUGUUUGUAUAUUGAAAUUAUUUUUAUUUAUAACAAGGACUUCACAAUCGAAUUCAUUCAUCACGUAGUUUUAAUCAUGAAUUUUUAGUAUAAAGUCUCUUUUUAGUUAAUUUCUUUCAAACAAUGAAAUAAUAUGGUGUUAAAGAAACCAUGCAUAUGUGUUUACAUCCGGACUUUGUAAGGAAUAACCUUUUAACUUGUACAGUUUUCUGAAUAAGUUGAAUAUUUUAUUUAUUGUUUUUAUUUACGUGUACCCGCUCUACGAUCAGCAACAUUAUGAUUUAAUAACAACAUCUUUUGAAACAAGAGGGCUAUUAUAAUUUGUAUACAUAAUACAUAUGCAUGUAUUUAUGAUUAAGUUUAUAUAAAAUGAAGUGAUCAUGUUGUAUACUUUUUAAAGUUUUUUCGUAUAAACGUACGUGUAGGAGCAGUUAUAUUGUAGCCGUAAGAUCCAAUCGGAAGCAUGUUUAUGUAAAUACAUUAUUAUACGUUACGGUGACCGUAUAUAGGAACUGUUUUUACAAUUUCAAAGAGCGAGGUUUGUGGCCCAUAUACAGUCACCUAUAGUCUCAUUUUAUGUAGCAUUUUAGUCAAUUCUCGUAUUGUGAUUGUAUUAAUUUUUAAAUAUUUAUUAUGAGUAAAUAACGAGAUAUUACUAAUCAGUUUUAUUUAUUGCACGAUGCUGGUUGCCCUCGAGUCGCGUUAUCUUGCGUCCACAAAAUGCAUCGACCGGUAGUGACAGUUACCCGAAAACAGUAAUGUUGCGUUAGACCGUUAUAAUCUUACCAAUAUCAAAAUUAUAAUGAAUUAGUUGUUAGGUUGUAGUGUUAAAAUAUAAUCCUGACAUUUUUGUGGACGAAACUUAUGAUGCAGCUUUUUACAUGUUAUAUACGUCACUCGCUCUGUGAACACAAUAUCUGACACUUUUGUGGCUGCUAAACUAUUUGUAUAAAAUAUUAAAAUAUCAAAUAAAAUUAUCGAAGAUCUAAAUAUAUACUAUAUAUCAUAAGGAAGGAAAUUCUGUUAGAAAUUCUGGAGCUUAGUGUAUUUUAUGAAAUCGAAUUUUGAAUUUUAUAUGCACUUGUGCGAAUUAUUAAUUCUUAUUGUUUCUGCCUCAUUAAAAUCACGAAAACAUCAUUCAACUAUAGAUAGAAUAUGAAAGUCGUUAUUUGUACAAAAUCUAGAUAUGUUAACUCAGACGCUCAUAGUGAAAUAUCGAAACAUGUAUCGAGCCUAAUAUUGCAGCAAUAUGUAGAUUUGUAUGUACAAAAUUACUGAAUAAACUUCUUUAAAAAUU